AUGCACUUCCUCUUUUUUCCCAGAAGCAUUACUACCCAGUCAGACCUGGCGACAUCUUCAAGCAACAAUAUCGAAUCAUUACCAAGCUGGGCUAUGGAGCAUACUCUACUGUUUGGCUUGCCCGAGCUGAGAAGUCAACAGUCCGCGCAAGAUUACAGACAAGAACUGGCUCCUAGAUAG